AUGCAAAUCUUAGAAAAUUCAGAUGCAAUAGUUAGUGAUGAUGAUUCUUUAGAAUUAGAUUGCAGAAUUAUAGUACCAAAGUUUAAGAAAGAAGAAUAUGAUACAUUUUAAACAGAGACUUCUACUUCUGUCAUGGCAAGAGUGAAAUAAAUUAGAUCGAAUUCAUAAGAAUUCAGAUUUAUGUAGUCCAAUUAAGUUAGUCCUUAAGGUUCCUUAAAUUCCACUUAAAAACUAAUUUAAUGUACUUUACUCAAUUUAGAUGAGGAAUCAAACAAAUUAAAAGUCAAUUAACAUCUUCUACCUUAAUAUGAAUAUAGAAAUACUCUUGAAAUGAUUAGAAAGGACAACAUUCCUUAAAGUUCUGCAGGUUCAGUAGAACAUGUAAACAAUCCUUAGAUACCAAACAUAUAAGAAUAGAAUUUAAUUAGAAUGCUAACUCAAUAAAUUUAACCUUUUUAGAAACAACCUAUAAUUAGAUAAAAUAAACGAUAAUUAACUUAAACAUUUAAAAGUUGUCCUUUAGAAGCAUCACCUAUUAAAAUUACUAGGUUUUCAUAAAGAUAAAUUUAUGUAACUUAAUUAGUUAAUACUAAUUAAUAACCUUUAUAAGAAAAAUUGAGUCUUGUAUAAUUAGAGAACAAAGAGAAAUUUUGUAAAUUGUCUUUAAGUUUAUUUAGAAGUAAAACAAGUACAAUUAAAUAUACUAAAUAAAAUAUCUAAUUAAAAGGUAUUCUAAAGAGUAAAUUAUGCAAUAGUGAAGAUGGAAAGAGAAGAAAAAAUAGUUUUUAAGAAUCAUAAAAUUUAAUAAAAAAAGUUUCUUUUAUUUAAAAUAAAUAACCAAAAAAUGUUUCAAUAAAUAAUAAAAAAAAAGAAGCAGCACUUUAUCAAUAAUAACUCAUUAGAAUAUAAUGAUAUUUUGAUAUAACUCUUUAUAUAAUUUUUUAUGUUUAUUUAUUUUAUUUUAUUUGAAUGUAAUCGUUAUUUUUAAAUUAUGAAUUUAAGACUGAAAAACUCUAACUAUUUGGUUGGCAAUAAUGACAUCACUAGAUUAAGAAGAGCUAGACUUAUUUAACCUAGUCAACCUGAAUCUAAAUCUUUAGCAACUGUUAAAAUGAAUUUAUCUCCAGAACUCAAACCAAAAAAAUAGAAAACUAUUCAUCAAGAUAGUGUCUAAGAUGAAAACAUAAUCAAUUAGAAAUAAAAUGAAAAAAACAAAAUUUAUUAAGCAAAAUUAUAAGAAUUAUUAAGUCUAAGAAAAAGUAUAGAAUUAUUAAUAAUAUGAGGUAGCCUAACUCCAUUAUUAAAAUAAUAAAUUAAUAGACAACAAACAAUUAUUAAACAUUAACCAGAUUUUAUGAAAGACCAUGACUUAUAUAGCAAGAUUAGAAGAUAAAGCAUAGAAAAUCUAUAAACCUAAGAAAAAUCAAAGAAUUUUGUUUUAAAGUCCUAAUAAGAAUGUACUCAAAAAAAAAGAAUUUAUACUAAUAAUCUUAAAUCAUCCAGUUAUAUUAAUGGAGUACCCAUUUUAAAUAGAAGUGUUUCAUAAUUUACUUGUUUAACUCCAAAAAAAAAAGAUAAUAAUUCUUUUAGUUAUUUAUAAAAGGAAUGUAUUAAAAAGUAAAAAUUUGAAGGUCUUAUCAAUUUAUUUAUUAACAUAAAUAUUGAAAAUUUAGUUAUAGCUUUUAAUUCAAUCAAAAGUAAAGCACCUAUGUUACCAUUCAUCAAAGAACUUGAAAGGAGAAAGGAAGAUUUCUAAUAAAAAAGGUUUUUUAUUUAAUUAGUUAAAGCUUAAUGA